CAGAGUGACGUAGCUUCUCAAAGCGUCUGAGGUCAAGCUGGACACAACUAAAAAUAUCUUUGAGGACCUGCAAAAACAAAUUCAGUCUGUUUAGGAGCACUGCAUUGAGCACUGGACUAAACUAUCUGCAAGGCUGAAGUUCCCUCCAGAAUUAAUCCACGUGCAUGUCUUUUUCCCCUCUGAAACACAAUGGAGUACAUUGAUGAAAUGGACGAAGAUGAGUUACUGGAGUUUGCCAUUCAUUUAAGUCUUGACGAACCACUGAGCACUUUUGACAGAGCCAGCGUUGAAAAUAUGAAGAUUUUAUCAGCAAUUGAUCAAGGGGAUGCAUUUGGACUAAGGAAAAUGCGCAAAAACAGCAAUGCAUUUAAAGAAAGAGACAGCAAAGGUUGGCUUCCUUUGCACAGAGCAUCUGUCCAACCUGAUGCCGAGGUCCUGGAUGCCGUCCUGACGGCAUCCUAUGAGGUCACCACAGAGGAGACGACGAGCGAUGGAGAGACCCCUCUGACUUUGGCUGUUCAAGCAGGACACGUGGAGAACGUGAAGGUUCUACUGCAGCAUGGAGCGUUACCACGCAACACCAACAGCAAGAACGAGACGCCACUUCUGCUGGCUGUGAGAAGAGACUCCUACCAGAUGGUUUAUGCACUAAUAAUGGGAGGAGCUUUGGUGGAGCAGCUGUGUUUGAAGAAAUGGACAGCCACCCAUGAGGCAGCUAAGGUGGGUUGUGUUGACAUUCUGAUGCUGCUGCUGAGAUACGGCGGAACGGUUAGGGGUCGUGACUUACACGGGGUCACGCCGCUGGGCAUCGCUGCUGAGUACGGACAUCCUAAAAUACUGGACAUCCUUAUACAAACUGGGGGCGACGUAUCAGCACAAGCCACCAAUGGAGACACUGUAUUGUAUGAAGCUGCAGGCUCUGGGAACCUGGAUUGUAUUAAUCUGCUCUUACAGUAUGGCGCCAAUCCUAAUGUAGCAGGCUUUUGCUGUCAAUUGCCCAUUCACCGUGCGGCCUAUGAAGGGCACUACCAGGCCCUACGUACCCUCAUUCCCAUCACCAACAAGAGGGCCAUCCGUCUUUCCGGAAUGAGUCCGGUCCAUUCCGCAGCAGACGGAGGCCACGCCGACUGUCUCAAGCUGCUGAUCGAAAAAGGCUUUGACGUCAACGCCAUCCUGGACUGCCGCAUCUCCGAGAACUACAGGGACAUGAGGAAGACUCCGCUUUAUUUUGCCGUCUCCAAUGGUGACAUCAUCUGCACAGAGUUGCUACUGAAAGCAGGUGCGAAGACAGAGCUGGACCCGCUCCGCUGCCUCCUGGUGGCGGUCAGAACUGGAAAAUACGAGCUGGUGCGGCUGCUUCUAGCCCACAGGGCAGACGUCAACUGCAUCUUUAAUGUUAUAAUUGACACAGUAUUUCCUACGGCCUUACAGUACUGCCACGAGGAUGAAAUGAUGCUGCGUCUUCUCCUUAACAAUGGUUUCCAUGCAGAAAGCUGUUUCGAGUGUUACCAUGACGACCCUGUGACAAGAUACCCGUUGGCAGAGACAAAAAACAAGUCGCACAAAACCAAGACCAACAAAGUCACUUUUUGUGAAUUCAUAAGCGUGGAGUGGAAGAGACUCUUGGCAGGAAGGGUCGUCCGAAUUCUCCUGGAUUACGUGAAUCGCGUGCACAUCUGCUCCACCCUGCAGCGUAUUCUGGAGGAACAAGAGGAGUGGGACGACAUCUGCGACAUUCUCAGAAAGCCACGUCGUCUGCAGCACCUGGCCAGGCUGGUUAUCAGGAGACAGAUGAUUUUGAGAAGAUUAAAUGAUCCAACGUAUAUGAAGAGGGCUCCUUUCCCACCAGCACUGAGAAACUUCCUGCUAUACAAAGAAUAUGAUCUUUAUGGUCAAAUGCUAAAAAACUAGAUUAUGUACAAAGGAUGUUUUUCUUCUUCUUUUAUGUGGUUUUAUAUGUGAAUAGCUCAUUUAAAGGGGCCAUGGUAUGAAAAUCUGACUUUUUCCAUGUUUAAGUGCUAUGAUUGGGUCCCCAAUGCUUCUAUCAACCUAGAAAAUGUGAAAAUGAUCAACCCAGUAACUUAGUUUUGGUAAACCAUUCUCUACAAGCACAUGAAAAAAUAGGUCGUUGAAAUUCGUCUCUCCUUAUGAUGUCAUAAGGAGCUCUUAUUAUAAUAAUACCACCCCUUAAUCUGCACUAUACAACCACAGCACUCCCAUUUAGUGCAGAGAAAAGCACAAUUGAGUUUUAAUUGCAACAAACCAACAUCAUUGUGAUCAGUGUUUGAAUUUCAUCAGCUCAUUUGCAUUUUAAAGGACACACCCAAAAUGGCACAUUUUUGCACACACCUACAAAGUGGCAAUUUUAAAAUGCUAUAAUAAAUUAUUCAUAUGGUAUUUUGAGCUAAAACUUCACAUAUGUGCUCUGGGGACACCAAAGAUUUAUUUGACAUCUUAAAAAAGUCUUGUGCCAUGGCCCCUUUAAAAAACGCUAAGUGCGUCUGGCAUGAUUUCUUGUAAAUUAACUUUUUUUAAUUAGGCUCUUAAAAUGAUAGUUCACCCAAAAACUCAUCUUUUUUUUGAUGAACACAAAAGAAGAUAUUUUGAUAAAUGAUGCUAAGCACACAGCUAAUUGUAACCAUUGACUUCCAUAGUAUUAAAAAUAUUCUGGAAGUAUUGUGAUAAAUGAUGAAGAAGAUAUUUUGAUAAGCACACAGUUAAUGGUACUAGUGAUGCACCGAUGUAUCGGCCGAUUUUUGAUGAAUUUGAAACCAUCGGCAUAUCGGCAAUAGCAUGAGAAAGGCCGAUACCUAUUGUUUAUUAAUUAACUGCAUAAAGAAAUCCAUUAUAUGUAAAAAUAUUAGUUGUUAAUUAAAUAAAUGCUGAAUAGCAAAAACCACCUUUGAAGGUUGUCAUGCUGUCUUAUUAUAUUUGUUUUAGCUUAAUUUGUGCCUCUCUUAUUAUGUUGGUCAGUUGAAUGUUAAUUAGAUCCAAUCCAUGUUCAGUAAAAAUUAUUUAAUGCAGAAAUAAACUAGCUAAAAGACCAACUGUAUAGUAUUGUAUACAAGUGUUUAAUAUCGGUAUCGGCCAGAAGUUGUCUGUUUAAAUCGGUAUCGGCCCAAAAAAUUAUAUCGGUGCAUCCCUAAAUGGUUCCCAUUGAAUUCCAUUAUAUAAUUUUAUUCCUACUAUGGAAGUCAAUGGUUACAAUUAGCUGUGUGUUUACCAUCAUUUAUCAAAAUAUCUUCUUUUGUGUUCAUCAGAAAAAAAUAAUUCAUACAGGUUUACAAUAACACGAGGAUGAGAAAAUGAUGACAUAAUUUUCAUUUUUGGGUGAACUAUCCCUUUAAUGGAUUCUGCCUUAAAACUGGUAUUUCUGAACAGCCCGAGGGCGGGAUUAAGCGGAUUUGACAAAAAAGUAUUUAAUGAACAUGUAAUACGUGUUGAGAGCGUUUGGUUAUAUCUAAUUUUUACGGCUUUUGCAUCUGAACUCUUCAUCUGUAUUUGGUUAAAUGCAUUUAUAAAGCAAUGAUGAUGCCAUGAAAAGCUACAGGUGACAAGUGAAAGAAAGGAGAGGAUUUUUAAAUGGUUCAUGACAUUCAUGAUGGUUCAUUGUUUUAUUUGCUUAGAAAUAUCUUGCAAUAAUGUACUUUUGUGGUUUGUUUUUAAAACAAUAUCAUGUGUAUGUCAAUUUCAUGUUAUAGUUGAUAAAGAUUUACACUGCAUGCAAUAAAGGUACAGUUUGAUCAGUU